UGAGCUGCUGUGUGUGAGUGUGAGGGCAAUGAUGGGGGUGAGGGGCUGUCGGCAUGUGCUCCACACGCACUGUCCGGGGCUGUGGGGAAGGGCCACCGUUACACAGGCGCUGCUCUCUGCCCCGCAGUGGCCAACACAGGCCUCGGGCAGAGGGGCUGAAGGCCGCCCCACCCCCCACAGCAGCUCCCGGGACAGGAGGCUGUGCUCCCACAGCCGGGACACGGGAGGGGUCGGCACCGGCCCUCGGGAUCCUCACCCCCCGACAGGCGGCGGCAGUCACAGGUGGCAAUGCCGAGCUCGGCCUCCGCAGGGGAAGCGGACACCCGGGAGCCCCGGGGCCCCGGGUACCGGGAGGCUGGCACUGAGCAGACGGUAUGGGACGAGAGUCCCUCCAGCGCACAGCGCCCCGCGGCGCCCCCACAGCCCUGAGAGCUCACAGCUCACACUGCGCACACGGGUCCUGGUGGCCUCGGGCCUGGGGGCCGCGGUCCUGGGAUGGUUCCUGUACCUCCGUUGGGAGAAGAGGAGACAGUGUGAACGGCAGCGGCUGCAGAACGUGGUGUUGGGUCGCGGAGAUUUCCAGCUGCUCGACCACACGGGGAGACCGAGGAGCACCAGUGACCUGCGGGGCCAGUGGGCGCUGCUGUACUUCGGGUUCACUCACUGCCCCGACAUCUGUCCCGAUGAGCUGCUCAAGAUGACCAGUGUGGUGGAGAUGUUGGACAGGAUCCCAGCGCUGCCUCGGGUGCAGCCCGUGUUCAUCACUGUGGAUCCUGAGCGGGACGGGGUGGAGGCCAUGGCCAAGUAUGUCAAGGAUUUCCACCCUCGGCUGCUGGGGCUGACGGGCUCGGCCGAGCAGAUCAGGGCGGUGGGUCAGGCCUAUAGGGUGUAUUACAGUGUGGGGCCCAGAGACCAAGACAAUGACUACAUUGUGGACCACACCGUCAUCAUGUACCUCCUGAACCCGGACGGGAUCUUUGUGGAUCAUUACAACAGGAGCAGAAGCGACCACGAGAUGGCACAGAGUAUCCAGAGCCACAUGAAGAGCUCCGUCAGGCUGUCCAGCCAGUGAGCAGGUGAGGCCCGGGAGCCACACGAGGGGAAUCGGGGGCCGCCCUGUUUGUCUGUGCAUUUUACAGUGAAGGCGGUUUCCCUCUCUGUCCCGGUGUCCUGGUCAA